AUGAGUUGGCCACGAGAACGCAUCGAUACGUUUCUGAUAAUAUUCACAAUAGUAGUGGCCUCGAUAGCUCUAUUGCUCGUUUUAUUUGUCUUUCUCAAAGACAAGAUCUGUCCUCGACGCAGCAUAUACGCCCCACAACCAACACUAGCCAAUGAUACUGCUGCUGCAGUUGCCACAGUAAGAAAGAUUUCGCCGAUGAAGCAACAACCUCUCAGGAGUGAGGAGAGUGAAUGUAUGGUGGAUGUUUCGGAUUUGGAUUAUAUUGACGAGCGGAGCAUACACUUGAUCUCAUCAACCGUAGUUGUCGAUUCAUUGCACAAUAACUCAACAAACCCGAAGCCUGUGGCCUUAUAG